AGCUCGUGCGGCUCCCUCUGCGCGGAGUGUGACCGCUUCCUUCAUCUUAACCGUGCCGCGAGGUCACAUAGCCGUCAGAUAUGCAAAGAGGAAAAAAGCGCGAUCCGCAUCGACAUCCACGAGGGGUGCGGGAGAGCUAAACUGUUCUGGAUCCUCAUGCUGGUUGAUAGAUCUACUCUAAAAGGAUUAGCAGAGUUUAGAGGAUUGAACCAAGUCACUGACCCCGCAAAUGUGCUUGCCGGUGAAGGCACCUCGAAUGGAACCCAUGGCACAGCCGGCACUUGCAGAUUCUGUGGCACUAGAAGCAUUUCAGGCCUCCUGGCCAUAGGAAAUGUUUGUGCAGAGGAACAGUGUCAGGAGCUCGCUAAGGAGGCUUGCUCUCGUGUACUGUCGUGCGGCCACGUGUGCGGGGGUGUGCGCGGCGAGACUAAUUGCCUGCC